GGUCUUCUUGGUGUAAUCUCCUUGCUUUCACUAUCAUUACUCGAAAAGCUGCAUCUUCCACUCGCAAUAUUGUUGUUAACCGUGGGAAGUGCCGGAGUAGCCAUUGCAGAUGUCACCAUUGAUGCUUGUGUAGCACAGAACAGCAGCUUUCAUCCUACCCUUGCAGCUGAUUUGCAAAGCUUGUGCGCCUUGAGUUCUUCCAUUGGAGCAUUACUUGGCUUCUCCAUUAGCGGUAUCUUUGUUCAUCUGAUAGGCCCCAAGGGAGUGUAUGGCUUGUUAGCAAUACCUGGAGGGCUUGUCUUAUUGGUUGGAGUUCUACUGAAUGAACCUCAUAUGCCAAACUUCAAUUACAGACAGGUAAGUGACAAGUUUGUCAGUGCAGGGAAGGCUAUGUGGAUGACAUUGAAGAUACCCAAUGUCUGGAGGCCAUGCCUCUAUAUGUAUCUAUCCCUUGCACUGUGCCUGGACAUCAAUGAAGGCCUGUUCUAUUGGUACACUGACUCAAAAGAU